CAAGGUGUGUACCUGGUGUUAUUCCCUAUGUCAUUCACGUGUCAACUCUGUGACGUAGAAUAUGGAAUCAAAGCCGCCAAGAAUUCCAAGGAGGGUAUCCACCCAGCCAUCCAGUUCUCAAAGUGCUAGGACAGGAGCAGGAAAUGGAGGAACCAGUUUAACUGACUCAUAUCUUACAAGAGAAUCUUCACUGAGAUUGGAACCUGGAUGCCAAGAUUCUAGUCGGUUGCAUAGUUCCAGUAGAGACUGGGCAAUUGGAGAAAGAGAAGCAUAUGAAAGCCCGUGGAAGCUUCCAGCUUCAUCUCCAACUCGCUACUCAGGAACACUUGAUCGUCCAUGGUCUGGAAGAUUGUUGGGAAGCAGAAACAGAUUGUCUACAUCUUCAUCUUCACCUCUUACAUCUUCUUGGUUUGGCGAAUCUGAAAGAACUCAGGGAUCAUAUUCUUCAAGACUGCAUAGCCAGCAACAGGAUACUGAUUCUAAGAGACCUAAACUUUCUUAUACAUCUACCUCUAGUGUGAGAAAUAAUGGUUUAAACACAGUUUCAGAUUCCCCAUGGAGAUACAGCGAUGUACCCAGAUCUUCAUCCAUGGUACUUGGAUCAUUAGGAACUGAACUUGCAAGAGAGAGGAGAGAGCUGGAAAGAACAGAACCAUCUAUUAGCAGUCUUGUGGACUGUAGUCGCAGAAAUGGUGACUUCUCAUCUUCAUCAUAUCUUCAGGAAAGAUCUUCUGCUUCGUAUGCACAGGGAGCAAGACCAAAAGAGAACUCACUGAGCUCUUUGAGGCUGAACACAUCCAUGAACCGCCAGUUGCCUUCUGAACACCAGUCAUCAUUACUCUCUAGAGACCAUAGCUGGAAUUCAAGAUCUAACUAUGUCCCAAGAGAAGUAGAAUCUUCUGAAAGGAAUAUACAACCAGAGUUUACCCUUGGUGCCAUGAGAAGUGGAAGCGGUUCCUCAAACAGUUCCGAAAGAGUUAUGCCAUCCCAAAGGUCACUGAGUGAGCCUCCUGCAGAUACUGAAGGAAGGCGUACAACAAGACAACUGUUGUCUCGUUUAGCUUCUAGUAUGUCAUCAACAUUUUUCUCAAGAAGGUCUAGCCAAGACUCAUUGACUUCAAGACCAUUAGGUUCUGAAGAUUCAACUGUUCCAAGAGCUCAUUCUUCUACCCAAGCUAGUGCUACUAACACAGCUACAACUUCUGAAGGCACAGAAGGGCAGACUCCUGAUGUUUCUCAGGGAUUUAGCUUUCUUAGAAGACGAUGGGGCCUGUCGGGUGUUUCAUCAAAUCCUAGUUCUGAUUCAGAAGCUGAAAGUUACAGACCCGAUUCUGAAAGUAGAAAUUCAGGUUCUUGGCUAUCAUCUUCUCUGAGGAACAGGUGCACACCUUUGUUUUCCAGAAGGCGAAGAGAAGGAAGAGAUGAAACUGCAAGAACCUCUACCUCUGAAACACCAGCUAGAUCACUGCAUCUUUUCAGAAGAAGAGAACCUGGUGGGGAGGUAUCUCUUGAAGCACAAAGUGAAUCCCUCAGGCCUGCUGCCAGGCCACCAACACCUGCAGUACCUAAUGGUGCUACAUCUGUUGCCUCUGGGCCAGAUUCAGUGCAUGGUAGAAGAAAUUCAGGAAUAGCAGGAAUGUUUCCUGGUUCUCUCUUCCGGUUUGCAGUGCCCCCAACCCUGGGGAGUAAUUUGUCUGACAAUGUUAUGAUAACUGUCGAUAUUAUUCCUUCAAGCUGGAAUCAGCCUGAUGGACAAGAUAAUGAUAAGUCAAAAAUACCAUCCUCAAGAGACCCUGAAAGGCUUCAAAAAAUUAAAGAGAGCCUCCUUUCUGAGGACUCUGAAGAAGAGGAGGGAGACUUAUGUAGAAUUUGUCAGAUGUCGUCUACUUCUGCUACUAACCUCUUAAUAGAGCCAUGUAAAUGCACUGGAAGUCUGCGCUAUGUUCACCAGGAGUGUAUGAAAAAGUGGCUACAAUCCAAGAUUAACUCAGGUUCUUCACUGGUAGCAGUAACUACUUGUGAGCUGUGCAAAGAGAAGCUGCAUCUCAAUCUUGACAAUUUUGAUAUCCAUGAGCUUCAUAGAGCACAUGCAAAUGAACAAGCAGACUAUGAAUUUAUCAGUUCUGGGCUUUACCUUGUAGUAUUGUUGCACUUGUGUGAACAGCGCUUUUCAGAUAUGCUGGGAACUACAAGUGAGGCCAACACACGUGUCCGGUUUAUUAAUCUUGCAAGGACCCUUCAGGCUCACAUGGAUGAUAUUGAAACAGCUUCUGAUGAUGAAGAUUCUGAAGAUGGUGAACUCGACAGAACACUUGAUGCUGCGUAAAUGUGAAUGGAAGGACCGGAUGGAUACUCAACUGGCACAAGUACCAUCAAUAUGCAUUUGUUUUAUAAAACACACUGAAUGCUAUUAGAUUUCUGACGCAUUGCUGAAUUCAAAAAUUUGCUGUUGCACAUUGGUAUCAAGAGACCUGCAAGUGUGCUGUUUCUCCUUUGAGAUUAUGACAUGUAUGCCACCUUCUAAAAUAACAGAUUUUUACGUGUAAGGCAAAUGAUCUCCUUUUGUAUAAACUUCUUACAAGUAAUCAGUUAAACUUCUGGAAAAUGUUUCUCAACUUUUGCUCUUCUACUGGCUCUAAGUGGUAACAUUAAAGUGUGUUUGCAAGUCAUGGGGAGGAGAUAGUUCUGUGUUAGCUUUCCAUUUUAAAACACCUUUGGGAAGUCUCUUUUAUUUUGCUUCCAUUGUUAACCAUGGUUGAGUGAGGGAAUGAAUGGGUUCUGUGAAGUUAGUGUUAAGUUUCUAUGUUUUUCUUGAGGAAUGUUUAACUCAAAGCAAUAAAUUUGCAAGGGGCUACUAAUAAGCGUUAAUUAUGGCUUUUAUAAGUAUUGAUUUUGAAACUGCUGAUUAUAUUUGAUAAUAUUGUGUAGAAGUUCCAGUAAGGAAUUUCAGCUGUAAACACUUGCAUUUCAGCAUUCCUGGAAGGAAUAAAACUUAUGGUUUAGAAUCUUAACCAAGCUAUUUAUCUUAAUGAACCUUUUUUAGAACCCACAUUCACUGCUGAAGCACUGGUUAUCAAUGUGUUUUCUAGUGUUGUCACUUGUUUGUUAAAUAAAAAUUACAAUGCAUACGAA